AUGAAAGUUUCUACGCUUCUUUCUUACCUCACUAGCAGCGGUCUUGCGCUGGCUGCCACCGUCAAGCGACCAUCGGCAUGUGUCGAUGCCGACACAAACCAACUUUUGAUCACUGGUCAAUAUUGCGGUGCUGGAGAAACCGCUACUUUUGCUGGUUCUGCUACUGCACUCAGUAAUCAACAAUGCUUCACCCAAUCGGGUAACCCGGUUCAAGGCGUACCCAAGAAGAAAUCGGGUAUGGUGGAUAUCGAUGCAACUAUUUCUCCCACAGACACUGGUUGCGUCCCUAUUUGCAUUCUGUCGGACGCAGUUUCGGCUACUCUCCAAUGCACUGGGAACCAGGAGGCGCGGAUCGUGGGUCCCGUUUCAUUUGUUGAUGUUUCGAUUACCGGUUCGAACCUACCCAAGCCCAUCACAUUCAAGAGCGUUACAAAAAUUUGUACAUCAAGCGACCUGGCUUGUACUACUACCACCUGA